AUGGUCACUUGUUCUAACCAGAACCUUUGGUUUAUUUUGAUCUUGGUCCCACAAAGGAGGGUCCGUAAUUGUGCUUCUUCUGAGUGAGUGCAGCCGCAAUAAUUUCAACGCUGUAACUACCACCAGGGAGUUAAGCGUCCUCCAAGUUCCCCCACGUCCAAGUUAUGUUGCGUCUUCGCCGUCGAACCGACACCGAAAAAGGACGGAAAGAUGAUCCUCAAGAAACCGAGAGCGUCCAGAGCGAUGGGAGAGGUGCUGGUAAAGCCCGACCUGGCUCUGACUCGGAGCGGCAAUCUGCUCUUUCAGUCAUCGACUUCUCAUUAGCUCUUUCAUUGGUUUUCGGUGGUUGCUGCACAAAUGUCGUGGCUUAUGAAGAUCUCCUUAAAAUGAACCGUCGCAUUGGUUCUGCAUUGACGUUCUCUCAAGCACUCUUUAUCACCGUGCAAGCGCUUCCUGGUUUCCUAGAUUGGACCCAUCCGGAUCAUCUACCGCGACUGAAAAAGCGAACAGUACCUCUGCGUGUUUGGGGCAUCCAAGUUCUAUUAUCGACCACUGGAUCACUAUUGAACAACUGGGUAUUCGCGUUCAAUAUACCAUUAACCGUGCAGAUAGUCUUUCGGUCGGCAGGGCUGUCGGUUUCCAUGCUCUUUGGCUAUCUAUUUCUCAAGAAACGAUAUUCUCUAUUACAGGUCUUCUCGGUUCUUCUGGUCUCACUUGGAGUUGGCCUUGCGACAAUAUCGAAACCGUCUGCUACAGCGGCCUGGUCACAAGAUGAUAGCGCAAGAUACUUUGUUGGGAUCUCUAUGCUCGUGUUCUCGUUAUUCGUGACAGGAACCCUCGGUUUGCUCCAGGAACGCACGUACAAAGAGUAUGGGCCAUGCUGGAAGGAAGGCGUUUUUUACACACAUUUUCUAUCCCUCCCGUUUUACUCAUUGCUUGCCCCAGACAUCAUCCAGGGCUUUCGUGGUCUCUCUACAGUCCCGGCAUUCCAGCUGUAUCCAUACGUGGUCCUCACAAUCAAUCUAUUCUCUCAACUGUUCUGUGUCUCCGGAGUCAACAAGCUAACCUCUCAAGUUUCCUCAGUCUCGACCAAUCUUAUCCUUACUGUGCGUAAAGCUCUCAGUCUCUGCAUCAGCGUGUGGUGGUUCCAGAACGGGUGGAAUGCGGACCUAGUAUUGGGAGCAAGUCUAGUUUUCAUUGGCUCAAUGCUUUUUGCUCUGUGAUUUUCUUUAAAAUAGGUUUUGUUUUUGCAAGGUGAAACUAAAGUACAAAAAAUGGUAUUCUACAUAUAUCAAUCAUAUACCACGAGGCUCCAUCUCUUGAUUAA